AUGUUGAUCCUUCAGAGUUUGCUCACCUUGCUCCCGCUGCUGAGCGUGGUCUAUGCCGCUUCAAUCCGGCUGGACGCUCGCCAGAACGGCAACAGCAGCAGCAGCAGCAGCAACAACAACGGCACGUCGAGCAACUCGACAGCCGCCGGACCUUACGGUCUCAGCAAUGCCAGAUGCGAGAACGUCAAGCUCUCGGUCCCCGUCAACCUGACCCUCGCCAACUUCACCAACGUCGACAACAACUACUCUAACCAGUCGUACAUCACUCGACAGGUCAUCGACUUUACCGAAGCUCAAGCCAAUUGGACCGCCGCACACGGUCCAAGCAUGAACACCACGUUCAACCUGAACCGCACCUUCUCGAUCAACGGCUACUACUGCACGCCCAUUCGAGGUGCCAAGAAUGACAGUGCGCUGUGGAACUUGGUCCACGGUAUCGGAUUCGAUUCGAGCUACUGGGACUACACUCUGUCGAAGGAGUACAGUGUUGUCCGACACGCUGCUAGCUACGGAUACAGCACUUUCAGGUACGACAGGUUGGGUACCGGUGGGAGCGAGACGCCUAGCACCGGUGGUUUCGACGUCGUACGUGCCCAGACCGAGGUAGCCAUCUACCAAGGUGUGCUGCAGCAGUUGAGGAACUCCACCAAGGUUGGUGGCAAGAAGCACAACAAGAUCGUCGGUAUCGGCCAUUCCUACGGCUCGAUCCAGACGCAAGCGGUGUCGAUGAUGACACCUCAACUGCUCGACGCCGUUGUCCUGACCGGUUACACUACCAACUCUACCAACUUGCCCGGCUACCUGCACGCCGCUUCCUACUCUAUCGCUAACAAGAUCUUCCCCGAUCGUCUGGCGAACAAAUCCGACAUCUGGCUCGUCACUGGCAGCAACGCCUCGGACAUCAACGGCUUCUUCUACCCGCCUUACUACUCGGAAGCGUCGUUCGACCUCGCUCGCUCCACCGAACAGGCCGUCACCCUGGGUUCGCUGUUCACCGUAGGCGCCGUAGGCGGCAUGAGCAACUUCACCGGACCCGUUCAGGUGGUCAACGGUGCCAAGGACUUUAUCUUCUGCUCGAGCAACUGCUGGGGUGGGCCCAAUGGUACCGACAUCCCCAGCGGUGUCAAGAUGCUCUACCCGAACGCAAAGAACUUUACCAGUUACAUUGCCGAGAACACGGGUCACGGUAUCACGGCUCACUACAGCCAGCCGAUGGUGGCAGAGGAGAUCGCACAGUGGAUCGCUGCGCAGGGUUUGUGA